AACAAAACUUGCUAUCUUUGCCUCACAAACACGUAGUUCUCCUCACCCUCCUCUACCAAUUACAACAACAACGACGACUUGAUUUCACAGUUUAAUAUGGCAGGUGGAAUUGGUGUGCCAAUUUGUGUUCAAUGUGGCACGGCAAGCAACCCAUGCCGGUGCAAGGUGGUAGGUCCAACAUUAGGGUUCUUGGCAUUCGCGGCGGCGGCAGUGGUUGAAUGGCCGGUGGGGGCUUUGGUUUAUUGCUUCCAGCAUAUGAAGGGUCGCCGGAUCAUGGCGCACCCGGCCACUGUUGUGUAGCCAUCAGUCACCAAUGCCAUUCCCAUUUAA